ACUACGAUACCUGAAGAGUCAACCGUGUUCGUGAGAGCAGAAACACCGUUCGAGAGCCAUCACCACGCACGGAUUAUCGAUCGGAUUUGACCGGGCUAAAUUACUCUUUCCCUUUUCGUAGCGUAGUGACGGUACUGCUGCCUUUUUCUUUUAUCCAGUGAAAUAAAUAAAACUGAGUAAUUAUUUAUCGAUAUGGCUGCCCCAGUGGCCAGCACGCGGUUCAGUGAUAACUACGAUCUCAAAGAAGAACUCGGCAAGGGUGCAUUUUCGGUGGUACGGAGAUGUGUACAAAAAAGCACAGGACUUGAGUUUGCUGCAAAAGUGAUUAAUACAAAAAAGCUAUCGCAAAGAGAUUUUCAAAAACUCGAACGUGAAGCCCGGAUAUGUAGGAAAUUACAGCAUCCAAAUAUUGUGAGAUUACACGAAAGUAUUCAAGAAGAGCAUUGCCACUACCUUGUCUUCGAUUUAGUAACAGGCGGUGAACUUUUUGAAGAUAUCGUCGCUCGAGAAUUUUAUAGUGAAGCCGAUGCUUCCCACUGUAUACAGCAAAUUCUAGAAAGCGUCCAUCACUGCCACCACAAUGGAAUUGUCCACAGAGAUCUCAAGCCCGAGAACCUUCUCCUCGCUAGUAAAGCGAAGGGUGCAGCUGUGAAAUUAGCAGAUUUUGGAUUAGCCAUUGAAUUACAGGGCGACGCACAGGCGUGGUAUGGUUUUGCUGGUACGCCUGGUUACUUAAGUCCAGAAGUUCUUAAAAAAGAACCUUAUGGUAAACCUGUAGAUAUUUGGGCAUGUGGAGUUAUUCUUUACAUCCUCCUUGUUGGAUACCCUCCAUUUUGGGAUGAAGAUCAGCAUCGAUUGUACGGACAAAUUAAAGCCGGAGCAUAUGACUAUCCAAGCCCGGAAUGGGAUACUGUAACACCCGAAGCGAGAAACCUCAUCAAUCAGAUGUUAACGGUAAACCCAUCGAGACGUAUAACUGCCAGUGAUGCACUUAGACACCCAUGGAUUUGUCAACGUGAGCGUGUUGCAUCGGUGGUACACAGGCAAGAGACUGUGGAUUGCUUGAAGAAAUUCAAUGCAAGGCGCAAAUUAAAAGGUGCCAUUUUAACCACAAUGAUUGCGACGAGGAAUUUUUCCAGUAAGUAUGAUGCACAGGCUCGAAGUAUCAUUACCAAGAAGGGUGACGGGUCUCAAGUGAAGGAAUCAACCGACAGCAGCACUACUAUUGAAGAUGACGAUGUCAAAGAGGAUAAGAAGGGAGGUGUCGACCGGAGCAGCACGGUCAUUGCCAAAGAACCAGAAGGCUACGCGUCCCAGGGCACACCGCCGAACAGUCCGGCAGCAGCGUCCAUAUUUUCAAAAGUUAUGGGUGCCGCUGCAGCAAGUAAACAGAAUCAGGGAUCUGGAAACUCAUUAGGAAUAGCCGCAGUACUCCUUCACGGAGCACAAGCUGACAGUGGACAUGGCAACAGCAACAGCAGUAGCAGCGGAGGGAGUACUAGUACAAGCAGCCAAAAUAGUCAAACGGGUAUUUUAUCAUCAUUUCCAUCUGUGGUGAGUGUCAACAGUCCUCCAAGACAUCGGAAUUCAUCAGCUGCGGAAGAUUAUUCCACGGAUAACAAUCGCCGAGCAAGCAAUUUUUCCGAAGUGGAAGACGCUCGCCGGCAGGAGAUUAUCAAGAUGACUGAGCAGCUCAUUGAAAGUAUUAACACCGGUGACUUCGAGGGUUACACGAAAAUCUGUGAUCCACAUCUGACUGCAUUUGAACCAGAGGCUUUAGGUAAUUUAGUCGAAGGAAUGGACUUUCACAAAUUUUACUUUGAUAAUGCAGUCCUGGGGAAGAAUUCUAGUUGCAAGGCCGUCAACACAACAAUUCUUAACCCUCAUGUGCAUUUACUUGGCGAAGAUGCCGCUUGCAUCGCUUACGUCAGACUUACUCAAUUUGUAGACAAACAAGGGGUAGCGCAUACCCAGCAAAGCGAGGAGAGUCGUGUAUGGCAGAAAAAGGACAACAAAUGGCAGAAUGUGCACUUCCAUCGAAGUGCUGUGACUGGGCCAUCGCCUUUCUCUUGCAAUCAUAAAUAAAAGAUCUGGUAUAAAUUAAUAAAUAUAAUAAUAUGCAUAAUAUAUACUUUUUAUUGAUAAAGCAUUCAUUAAAAUUAGAUCUCGAUGAGUACUUAAAAAUAAUUAGUGUGCUGUGUCACUCAUGCCGAUAAUAUUAUAAACUUCUAGAAGAAAAAAAAAACAGAGCGAAAGAUUGAGUGAAAGAGAGAGAGCGAGAGAUAAUUUACUGAUUGUGAAUAAAUAAUAAAUAAAAAAGAAAAAAAAUUUUAACGACAUUGUGUCAUAAUUUUUCUUCUGUAUAGUUUUAAAAUGUGGGCACAUUGAAGCUCAACUCUAUGAAUGUUUUCAAUAAGACGAUAAUCUUGUUAACAAGUCUUAUCUUUAUAUUUACUGAAUAAUAAAAGCUAACUAUAAAUAAUGAAUGAGAAAAGCAUAAACAAGGGAAUAAAUAAAUGAAAUAAUAAAAUGAAUAAUAACAGAGAAAAAAUGGAAAGUACUGAGCAGAGAAAUAUUAAUAUAACGCAUAUUUGAAGACAGAUUAGUGCAGAAAUGGUAUUUAAAUAAUUUUUUUUCUUGAGUACAUUUUUGUACAUAGAAGAAAAAGUAUGCUCUAAAAAUCUUAAUAGCUCAAUAAAAACUAACUAAUGCACCUCUCUGUACUAAUCUUAGACGUUUUUCAAACAAUAUGCAUUACAAUUAUCGUCGAUAAGACUCGAGUAUUAACGAAGUCUGCUUAAUAUUUUUUAUUAGUUAGAGUAACAAAUUUAAUUAGGGAGUCGCAAUAAAAAAAAAAUAAUAAUAAU